AUGUGCUCCCACUCCUGUGUUCUGCUCUCGCUCUGCAGCGUUCUGGGUGUUCAGGACGGGUUCGAGUGCUACGAGGUUCAAGCCUGCGUCAAGGACUACUGCUUCGGCCGCGCCGACCGGGUGGUGGGCCUGGCCGUGGUGCAGCUGAGGGACAUCAUGGAGAGGGGCAACUGCGCCUGCUGGUGCCCCCUGGGGCAGCGCAUCUCCAUGGACGACACGGGCCUGACCGCCAUGCGGAUCCUCUCCCAGCGCUCCAACGACGACGUCGCCAAGGAGUUCGUCCGGCUCAAGUCCGAGACCCGAUCAGCAGAGGAGGGAAGAUGAGGCUCUGCUUGAUGCAGUGGCACUGCUUUGACCUCUGACCUGUCUUGGCUGCUGUGUAAAACCUCACCAGCUUCCAGUGUUCUUCAACUUCACAUUUUUUUAAGUCUCGUCCGCCUCUACUGAGGAGACAGAACCCAUCCAGAACCUGUCAAAGGGCCGAAUAAGA